AUGAGCUUGCUUGUUCAAUCACGACGUCAAGCUAUUGCAGACAUCUGCAAAGCUUCCUUCACAGCAACAAGGCACCAUUCCAGUGUCAGCCUUGAACGUAUGCAAAAUGCUUUGAAUUACUGCAAAGAUUCCGUUAGGCAACGAGAUUACGAAGGCUAUUUAUGCGUGCCUUUUUUCCCAGCACAUUUGAGAAAUACGCAAUACGCUAUCCGAGCAUUCAACGUAGAAUUAGCAUCUAUCCGUGAAAAUGUGUCGAAACCAGAAAUCGGUAAAAUGAGAAUGCAGUUUUGGAAGGACACCAUCGACAAAAUCUAUGCAGGCCAUCCACCUGAGCAGCCUAUCGCUUUGGCUUUGUCUGAAGCAUUGAAAACAUCAAAAAUGUCAGCCAUGUGGAUGAAGCGUAUUAUCUCAGAGAGAACCAGCAACUUGGACGAUCAUCAGUUCAUGACAAUGAAGGACAUGGAGGAUUAUUCAGAAAAUACCCAAUCCAGUUUGCUAUACCUUCAGCUGGAGUCACUUGGCGUCAAAGAUGUCAAUGCAGAUCAUGCUAUUAGUCAUAUUGGUAAAAUGAUUGGUAUCGCAACAUUCUUGAGAUCCUUGCCUUUCCAUGUCAGUCAAAAGAGAUUGGUUUUGCCAGCCGAGAUCACUGCCAAGCAUAAUUUAGUGCAAGAAAACGUGUUUAGAGGCGAGAUUGAUGGCAUGGAGGACGCAGUGUACGAUGUGGCAACUGCGGCUUAUGAUCAGUUACUGACAGCCAGGUCGUUGUUAAGCCAAAUACCUGGAGAGGCAUUCCCCGCCCUUUUAUCGGCUAUCCCUUAUGUGAGAUAUUUGGAAAAUUUGGAAAAGGCCAAUUUCAAUGUGUUUGAUGUUAAAUUACAAAAGAAAGACUGGAAGUUGCCCUUGGUCAUGUACAAGUCAUACAAAACACAUACAAUUUAA